AUGUUGGCUCCAUCCGAGAACCAUCUGAACUGUUCGUGCGAGACGCAGGAGUUGUGGGAGUGGUUGAGUGAUCACCGGAAAUGGACCAGCGAAAACGUGCGUUGCGAGCAGCCGACGGAAGUUCAUGGAAAAAGUUUGCUGGCCAUGGAGCCGCUCGAAUUUUGCGACGUUCCGAUGAUUCUGAAGAUUGCCAUCCAGGACAUCCAGCCGUACUCGGUGCUCGUUUCGUGGCAGAGUCGAGAACAUUCUGGGCUGCACGGGUACCACGUGAUAUUCCACUCGCUGGACACAGUGGAGGAUUUCCGCGGCAAAACAUUGAACCGAUUGGCAAAUUCCGCUAAAUUGGAUCGCCUGUCAUCGAAUACACGAUAUUUGAUCUGCGUGCUCGGGUUGGGCAACUGGCUCUCGUACCAAAAUGACAUCAACAGCCUACUGAACCAAUCGAAUCAGAUUCAAAACCAAGUUUUAAAUAAUCAAAAUGGUGGCUUCAUGGCGGGCGAGUUGGAUACAUCCUUUUCGAACACGUUGCUCUCGCUGAUGAUGGACACGCCAACGUCGAAAUGCACCGAAGUCCGAACGCUGGAUUCAAUUGGACCAAACCCUCUCGCGGAGGUCGACGGAAUGUCCAGCCAGGGAAUUAUUCAUUCGAUUUUAACUCGUCGACUGGGUUUAAUAGUUGGCUGCUGCCUCGGGAUAAUCGUGUUCAUUGUCCUCGUUUCGGUCUUGGGUUACCUGAAAAUCAAAAAGCAAAGGCUAGAUGCGGCCAAGCGUCAACAGCAACCGAUGGCACCGGAAUUCAUCUCGUACCGUCAUUUCUCCAUCCCGAACGAUGAACAUGGCAGAGAUGGAGUGGCCGCCGCCACAGGCACGGGAGGGACUAACAGUUUCCUGCAUAAUAAUCAUCAUCACCAUCAACAUAACCAUCAGAACCAGCAGCCGGUCACGACGACGGUUGAUGGACAUCCGAGCUUUAUAUCCGGGGCGGUUCUGGGACGACCACGACACUCAACGGAGGCGGAACCGUCCCGGGGGCGGAGGACCGCAAGAAGAUUUAUAUCGAUAGUUGAAAACAGUGAAAGGACCACCAACUGCAAAAAAUCAAGGUUUGUCAAUUAG